AUGGGAGUCCUAUUUGACAGCGAUUUGAGUUUUGUCUCACGCAUUGAAGAAAUAUGUGCCUCUUUUUGUAGGUCAUUAGGAUUCCUCUUCAGAAGCUUCAGGGAAUUUGAUGAUUUGUCUGCUCUCAGAGGCGUUUUCUUCUCGCUCGUUGUUAGCAAGUUGAAUUAUGCUAAUUUGAUAUGGUUUCCAAUAUAUGUCAUGUUCAGGAAGACAGGGAGGUAUCCUGAGCGUGGUACUGAUCUGUCGGGUAGCAUGGAGGAAAUGGAAAUUUCAAUCUUCCUUGCCCGUCAGACCCUGCAGGGCGCAAAAUUCGUACAGAAACUCCUUAGUGGAAGGAUAGACUGCCGUUUCCUGCUCUCCUGGUGCCGAGAGUGGUGA